AUGAUGAGCACGCUUCACUAUUGUGAAAACAUUCAAUCGGAAAUAGCAUUAAAUGGUAUAUCGACAAAAAAAAAGAUUUAUUUCGACCUUAAUUUACAAGACGAAAAUAAUCUUGUAAUUAAAAUAACAGAUGCCGAUGAUCCGUUUUAUUAUUUUUUUACGAGUAUCAACGAUAUCGAAUUGCAACAAGAAACAUGUACAGUGCUUCAAAUAAUACCAAGUGAUGAUGAAAAUAAUGUUAUGUUAAGAAUUGUUCAACUGAAGUCAUCAAAUGUCGUCACAUCAAUCUUAUUGAGAAAACCGACGGACAUCGAAAUAAAACGACAUGUUUUAGAACGGUAUCAACAAUUGAAAAUAAAAGCGCAUGAAUUACACCAAUCUCCUGAUGAACAAGCAGAGAGUCAAGGUAUUGAAACAGAAAAUGUACAAAUAAGUCAAACAACAGCACCACCAACAACAACAACUAUUUAUGACCGUAACGAUCACGACAUAGAUAGAAGUAAGAGUCCUGUAAAAUAA